UGUCAAACGUCAGUGAUGAAAUUAAGUGUUGAACAAUUUUUCGGAAUUACAAAUAAUAUUUAACAAAAUUGUGACAUAAAUUAAUAAUAUAAAAUACAGAACAGUCUUGAUUAUUUCUUUAAAUAUAAUAAAUUACAUUCUCUUACAACUGAAAAAUUAUUAUUACACAAUAUGACUUACUCUAAAGUAACACACGUUCUUUUUGACUUGGAUGGUCUUUUAAUUGACUCAGAAAACUUUUAUACACAAGCAUUUACAAAUGUAUGUGCAAAGUAUGGCAAAACUUUUACUUGGGAAUUAAAGAAGAGCUUACUGGGUUUCCAAGGACAUGAAUGUGCUGAAAAGAUUGUCAAAGAAUUGGAUUUGCCAGUGACUAAAGAUGAGUUUAUGAAGCAGUGUCAGGAGGAAUAUGAAGUUCUUUUUCCCAAUGUUCAAUUAAUGCCAGGUGCAAAGAAGUUAGUAGAACACUUGAAGGCUAAAGGGGUUCCCAUUGCCUUAGCUACUAGCUCCAGUGAGGACAGUGUGAAUAUGAAGAUGCAAAACCAUAAAGCUUUCUUAGAAAACUUUCACCACCUCACUAUGGGAUCUUCUGAUCCAGAUGUGAAGAAAGGAAAGCCAGACCCUUCUAUAUUUUUGGUCUGUGCUUCAAGAUUUCCAGAGAAACCUAAGCCUGAAGAUUGUUUGGUGUUUGAAGAUGCUGUUAAUGGUGUUAAGGCAGCAUGUGCUGCGAACAUGCAGGUAGUGGUUGUGCCAGACCCUCGUAUUGAGAAAGAGCUACUGAAAGAUGCAACUUUAGUACUUCAAUCUUUAGAGGAGUUUCAGCCUGAGUUGUUUGGCUUACCUGCGUAUGAGUAACUACAUAGUCAUUUCUUUGUAGCUAGAAACUAUAGAAUAUGUUAAGAAAAAUAUUGAUGUUUGUUUGUUGUUCGUUGUAGCGACAACAUUUUGAAUAGAUAUAUUUAUUUCUAUAAAAAAAAAGUUGAAAUUAGAAUCUUAAAUAUAUCAGCCAGUGUCACAUUUUUUUUAUAUGUUCUGUUACGUUUAUGUGUCAAACAAUUUGAUAAAAUGUAUGUCAAAAGUGUUUAUAAGGCUUUCUGUGACAAUCGUGAA